AUGUUGCAAGCGAAUAAUAAGCAGUUUCGUAUCAUCACCCCUUACGACGCUCAGCGGAGUUUAAUCGAGGAGGCUUUAAAGUCCAAAGAGCUCGAUUGGGAGGAUAAGUGUUUCAAUGUCGACUCUUUUCAAGGUAACGAAGAGGACUACAUAGUAAUCUCCCUCGUACGGUCCACGUCGCUUGGAUUCCUCACUGAUCUGCGCCGGACCAACGUCAUGCUUACUCGAUGCAAGAAAGGCAUGAUCAUCUGCACCAGCCAGAAGUUUAUGAAGCGGGCAGGGCAUAAGUCGCUUGUCGGCAACCUAUUAGAGUAUUACGAGCACGAGUGGGUGGAGAAGGAUGACUUGGAGAGGAUUGCGAUGUAG